CUGGUUUUGUAUAUUUAGAUGUUUAACUAUGCGGUCAAGGAGUUGAAACCCUAGUCGCCACACUAUUCCCCCACCGUCGACGCCGCUCUCUUCACGGCUAAGGGGUCCGCUGCCCACGCUGUUGCUCCGCCUCCUCUGGCCUCGCUGGCAGAUCCCCAUUUCCUUCCCAGUGCACUUGACUAAUUCAUUCCUCCGCCAUUCCGCCUCCGCACAUGCCGUCGACAUUUGCCUUUCCUCGUGCGUCGUCGUGCUCAGUCAUGUGCCGAGUCUGUGCGUUUUCUUCUUCUUCAAUUUUUGUUUUUUUUUUGUUUUUUGAUUUCUCUGACACUGAAGUCUAAAGCUGUGUCUUGCUCGUGUUCUUGUGAAAUAAUGCUGCUACUGUGGUAGAUGAUUGUCUUCUGUACUUGUUGUGGGGGUUUGUUUUCCUUAUUCAUCCUCUUUGAAUUAUUAUUUUAGCCAAACGUCAUUCAGGAAACUGAUUUGUGUUCGGGCUUAUUCAACCGACCAACCGUGUACCCGCGCGAAUUUCCGGCUUUACCCCUUUAUUUUCCGGGAUCAAUCCCACGGGUUCUCUUGAAAUUUCAGGGUCAAAAGACAGAAAGAGUAAUAUUUGAAGAAGCGCAGGAAAACUGCAAAUGCCUAUAUAAACUCGUUAACUACCGACAGCAUUUCGCCUCCUGAUUUCCUCUUGGCUUAGAUCACUGAGUUCAUCGAUGUGUUCGGCGUUCCAGCUUUCGUUUCUUGGGUAAGCAAUAUAGCGAAAGCACCUGAGUGGCCAUGGCUGAUUUUCAAACUUCUACACACCGCGCCAAGUGGAUUUUCUCUCCUCCUCAACUGGCUGACAAAUAUAAAGCUGCUAAUCAGAGAGCAAUACAAGUUUUAGAGAAGUAUGGAGCAACUCUUAUGGAAGUAGAUGUUGAUGGGUCUCUGUCAUAUCCUUUACUCCAGAAGGAUGAUGCUGAAAAGCAUUCUCGCCCUAAACCCCUUAGUAUUGAAGAGGAACAAUGUAUCAGAGUAUUUUACGAGAACAAAUUACAAGAAGUGUGCAACAAUUUUCACUUUCCUCAUAAAAUCCAGGCUACAGCGCUCAUUUAUUUUAAAAGGUUCUAUCUACAGUGGUCCGUGAUGGAACAUCAUCCAAAAAAUAUAAUGCUGACCUGCAUAUAUGCUGCUUGUAAGAUAGAAGAAAAUCAUGUAUCUGCUGAGGAGCUUGGUAAGGGAAUCUCACAGGAUCACCAAAUGAUUCUCAAUAAUGAGAUGAUUGUUUAUCAGAGUUUAGAAUUUGACCUUAUUGUGUAUGCUCCAUAUCGCUCAGUUGAUGGUUUUGUAAACAAUAUGGAGGAAUUUUGCAAAGCUGGUGAAGAAGUGUUUCCAAGGUUGAAGGCCUUGCAAGACACUGCAAGAUUGGAUAUUGAUAAAAUGAUGCUUACAGAUGCUCCACUUUUGUUUCCUCCUGGGCAGUUAGCAUUGGCUGCUUUGCGAAAUUCAAAUGCUCUUCAUAAAGUUCUCGACUUUGACAGUUACCUAAGAAGUAUCAUUUCCCACCAGAAUUCUCCACAUACUGUUUCUGAGCUCAUUGGAUCACUGAGUGCAAUUGACUCGUUGGUAAAGAGAUACAAAUUUCCUUCAGAGAAGGAAUUGAAGCAUAUUAAUCGGAAAUUGAAAUCUUGUUGGGGUCUCAGCUCAAAUGACGAGGGUAAAAAACGUGAGAAGAAAUCAAAGCACAAGUCCAAAAAAGGCUCCAACGAAUCUAAGCUUCUGUGAUACGCCUUGCUCAUCUAAAUUGUGUCGAGGAAAGAUGCUGCACCGCUCCACGGAGUGUUUCUCUUCAUCUAUGGUGCCGGAGAUUGGUCGCUUUUUGUUAUUCUGGUCGAACACUCCAGUUGUCGACUGCAAACAAAAUUCCCUACACAUCAUAUUAAGGACUGAAAUUUUGUCGUGUAAUUUCCAGAGGAUAACAGCCGAGGAAAUUGGACUGAAUCUACGGUUUGAACUCAAAACAUUAUGCAUUAGUCGUAGUUUUAUUGUUUAAUCUAAAAUGUAUUUCAAAAAAACGUUUAAUCUUGAAAAUUAGCUUUCACAAAUUUCUUUCAGAUUUUAUGUAAACAGGGCAUGUCUGCAUGUAAUGUGUAUGGUGUAUGAGUAAUUAAUAUUAUUGUCACGGCCACCAAA